GAUUGGCCGCCUGUCAUUGGUUGCCUGGAUGUUACGCUUCAACAGGCUGCCUUCUGCUGAUAGGCUGCAGCUGCAGGAGGGCAUGGAAGCUCUCUCACCAAAACAGACAUAAAAGGCAAUGUGUGUGAGAUCAGACACAGAGGAGCAACCAAUAAGCAACUUUGAGGAGUUUUUACAGAGAACCACUGGCAGCUCAACAAACCUGGCAAGUGGGAAAGAAAAGCUCAAGAAGAAGACUCACAAGAAUCUGCUGAAGGGGAGAUUUUCAAGGAAUGCUACUUUGGAAGGCAGAAGUCAAUUAAAAAGGGUGUUGAAACUUGCCGUGUUACUUUUACAGCAGCUGCUGUAACCACUAAGAGGAAGUGAGUAAACAGAGUUUUUUGGGACAUUCCCCUCCCCUCUUAUUUCGGCACCAAGUAAAGAAUCCAAAAAAAAAGCAGCAUGUCUCUGGAGGUGAAGGAGAAGACCCAGGUGCGUCUGGUAUUUCUGGGGGCAGCAGGUGUGGGAAAGACAGCCCUGAUCCAACGCUUCCUCCAGGACACAUUUGAGCCCAAACACCGGCGCACAGUGGAGGAGAUGCACAGCAAGGAGUAUGACAUUGGGGGGGUCAAGAUCACAGUCGAGAUCCUGGACACCAGUGGCAGCUACUCCUUCCCGGCCAUGCGCAAGCUCUCCAUCCAAAACAGCGACGCCUUCGCACUGGUGUAUGCCGUGGACGACCCGGAGUCUCUGGAGGCGGUCAAGACCCUUAGAGACGAGAUUCUGGAGAUCAAGGAGGACAAGUACACACCAAUCGUGGUGGUGGGGAACAAGGUGGAUCGGGAGAAGGAGCGUCUGGUGUCUAAUGAGGACGUGCUGUCAACCGUGGAGAUGGACUGGAACAACAGUUACCUGGAAGCAUCGGCAAAGGAGAACGCCAACGUGGUGGAGGUGUUCAAGGAGCUCCUGCAGCAGGCAAACCUUCCCUGCCGCCUCAGCCCGGCGCUGCGUAGACGCAGGGAGACCUUUCCGAAAGACACCAACUUCCGGCCGCCCAUGAACAAGACCAACAGCUGUAUUCUGUCGUAAUGAUCGACGGAGGAGGAGAAGUGUUGUUUUGUUUCAUGAAGGGCACACGGAUGAGAGCACUCAAUGCUGCAGGUCAGAGAAAAGGCUUGGACUUCAGUCAGUGGGAGCCUGAAGUGACUGAGAGAAGAGGAUCUGGAGCAGCAAAGACACCUCAGAGUUCACAACUGAGGAGAAAAGAAACUGAAUGGUUUGAAGACUUAACUUGAAGAGACUGCAAGUGGAAAGAAGGAAAAUGCAUUAAUCAUUCAGUUAUUCACUCAAUGUAAUGUUGUUGCUGCUUAUUUGGUGACAUGCUGCUGGUGUUUAGAUCAAUGUAAACCUUCUGGAUUCUUUUAUUAAAAUGUUCACUUACGUCUACUAUUUGGACUGUUGCUAACAGAAAGUAUAUAUA